AGAGAAGGAGGAGUGGGGGGAAGUAACUCGCUCACUCUUCCUCUGAAGCUUUAGCAAACGUGCCGGUGCCUGCGCUGGCGAGGAGCUGCCCGGCUGCAGUUCCCUCGCAGCUUAUUGCUCUCAGUUUCUAGAGAACUGCCUGGACUUCUCGAGGACCUGGAGGAAAAAGACAUCACAGACCUGACAGUUGCUCACUGCCUAUAGACUUGACACAUUUUUUUGUUUUUUUCCUAGGGGAUUCUUUUUUAAAAAUAUUUUUCUCCCGUGUCAGAACAGCAGUUCCUUGAGUGGCUUUGAAAUCCAUUGCUUCUUUAACAACUUCGGGAGAUAUUUUAAAAACUUUUCCCUCCUCUCUUCUGUUUUCAUUGCCAAAAAAAAAAAAAAACCUCAAACAAAAAAAUAAUAAAAAAAAAAGAAAAACAAAGAAAAGAAAAAGGAGAAAAAAAGUCAAUUCUUUUGGGGGAGGGGAGAUGAUCGUGCUGAUGUGGAAUAAGUGCUCCUGCUGUCUCCUCUUACUAGCCGCGGUCCUGAUCGUGGAGAGCUCCCAGCUAGACAGCUCCAGCUCCAAGGUGAACUCCAUCAAGUCCACCCUGAUGGGGGAGGCUCCAACUCAGGCAACCAACAGAUCUGCAGGCAUCCACCAGGGACUGAUGCUUGCUAGCAGUAAGAAGGGCAAAAUGCUGGGGUCUGCCUACCCUUGCACUAACGACAAGGAAUGCGAAGUUGGAAGGUACUGCCACAGCCCUCACCAAGCCACAUCUGCAUGCAUGAUGUGCAGGAGAAAGAAGAAGCGCUGCCACCGGGAUGGGAUGUGCUGCCCUGGGAACCGCUGCAACAAUGGUAUUUGCAUACCGGUAACUGAAAGCAUCCUUACUCCUCAUAUCCCUGCUCUAGAAGGGCCACGCAACAAGAAGAAUGGUCAUUAUGCAAGUAAGGAUUUGGGCUGGCACAAUCUGGGGAGGCCCCGGACCAAACUGUCACAUAUAAAAGGACAUGAAGGCGAUCCCUGCCUACGGUCAUCAGACUGUAUUGAGGGACACUGCUGUGCUCGCCAUUUCUGGACCAAAAUUUGCAAGCCUGUGUUGCAUCAGGGGGAGGUGUGCACGAAACAGCGCAAGAAAGGGUCCCAUGGACUGGAGAUCUUCCAACGAUGUGACUGUGCCAAGGGUUUGUCUUGUAAAGUAUGGAAAGAUGCGACCUCCUCUUCUAAAUCAAGACUUCAUGUGUGCCAGAAGAUCUGA